UCAUGUCUCUUCAAAGUAAUGAUAAUGUAGAUCAUGGUGAUGGUUUGUCCGAAGCUGAAAAUGAAGGUCAAUUGACCACUUUAAUUGAAAAAGUUGCUUCAAUUUUUUCGUCAUUAGCUAGAAACGGCAUUGUGCGAUUUGUAUUUCGUUUAUUGAAAUGGAUAUUGGGAUGGAUUAUUUAUUUUCCGGAGGAUCAAACUGACAAAUUUAAAAAUAUAUCCGUUCAAACUGAUGAUAUAAUACAAAAGUUGGAUAGUACUCAAGAAGUUGACAAUGACGACAAGAAGAAGGCCUCGUCAUCAACAAAAAUUGGAAUCCAUAAAAUUCCUACAAAAAGUAUGUCUGUUCAAACUGAUGAUAUAAUACAAAAGUGCGAUUGUAAUAAAGAAGUUGGCAAAGGGGAUCAGAAGGCCUCAAUUAAUUCGUCGUUAACUAAAAAAUCGAAUCAGAAGCUUCCUACAAAAAUUUUAACUAAUUUGGCAAAUGAAGCAAACAAAUUUGCUAUUAACAUUAAGCAAUCUGGUAUUAAUUAUCAGGAAAUUGAUAUUAAUGGACAUUCUUAUGACUUUUCAUUAAGCGAUCAUUUAAAGGAAAAGUUGCAACUUGCAGUGAGUGAACGCGUUCCUCUUUUUUUGAGUUUUAAUCAAUUUUGUGAGGCUGUUAUUCUUUUGUAUAAACAUCGCUUAACUAGAGAAGAAGAAAUGUGUAUUGUUCGCUAUUGGUUGGAUAAACUUCUUCGUUGUGGUUAUGAAAAUGCUAAAUUUGAUAAUGUUAUUUUCAAUCCAGUCUUGAUUAAAUUACUCUUUGAAAAUGAAGUAAUGGAACUUUAUACAAAACAAACGACUUUAACAUAUUUAUUUGCUAAUUUUGAACUUGAAGCAAUGAAAUUUAUUAAAGAUCAUUUGAAGAUUUUUAGUAAAUUUUGUGUUGGUUUUUCUUUGUGUACUGAUACGGAGCAAUGCAAUGGAAUUAUUUUGGAUAUUUUAAAUGAAGAAGCUAUAUUUCCUUAUUUAUUUAUUUAUUUAUUUAUUUACGCCUUGAUGGCGCGAGUCAAGUCAAAAAACAAUAAAAAACGAAAUCAAAAAAUUACAACUUCAACAAAUUGUUUAUCACUUGUGCCAAAAAUUGAAUUAAAAGUUCGUGAUUGGGGAUCAGCUUGGAAUUUUAAUUAUUUGCAUAAUCGAGAAGGGGUUAAAACUAAACAAUUUAUUAAAAAUGGAGAAAUAAUGUAUUCUUCCAGCUAUGAAGUUGCUAAUAUUGGCAACCCAAAUAUUGUUUUCUUGAUAAAUUAUAUUGGGUAUAAUAAUAUUAGGCGUCUUAUAGAUUUUAAAAUCGAGCGAAAAUAA